AUGGAUACCGCAGAGGUCUGCUUUGAUGAGCAUCCUUCAGUCCAGCCAGCCAGGUCUCUAGACAAACUUUAUAACUUUGCUGAUUGCUCUGGACUCCACCUGAUAUUUGCUCUAAAUGCACUGCGUCGUAAUCCCAAUAACUCCUGGAACAGUUCUAGUGCCCUGAGCCUGUUGAAGUACAGUGCCAGCAAAAAGUACAACAUUUCUUGGGAACUGGGUAAUGAGCCCAAUAACUAUCGGAGCAUCCAUGGCCGGGCAGUAAAUGGCAGCCAGUUGGGAAAGGAUUACAUCCAGCUGAAGAGCCUGCUGCAGCCCAUCCGGAUCUACUCCAGAGCCAGCCUGUAUGGCCCCAACAUUGGACGGCCCAGGAAGAACGCCAUUGCUCUCCUAGAUGGAUUCAUGAAGGUGGCAGGAAGCACAGUGGAUGCGGUUACCUGGCAACAUUGCUACAUUGAUGGCCGGGUGGUCAAGGUGAUGGACUUCCUGAAAACUCGUCUGUUAGAUACACUCUCUGACCAGAUUAGGAAAAUUCAGAAAGUGGUCAACACAUACACUCCAGGAAAGAAGAUUUGGCUGGAAGGCGUGGUGACCACCUCAGCUGGAGGUACAAACAAUCUGUCGGAUUCCUAUGCAGCAGGAUUCUUGUGGCUGAACACUUUAGGAAUGUUGGCCAAUCAGGGCAUUGAUGUUGUGAUACGACAUUCAUUUUUUGACCACGGAUACAACCAUCUGGUGGACCAGAAUUUUAACCCAUUACCAGACUAUUGGCUGUCUCUCCUUUACAAGCGUCUGAUUGGCCCCAAAGUCCUGGCAGUGCACGUAGCUGGGCUCCAGCGGAAGCCUCGACCAGGAAGAGUCAUCCGAGACAAACUGAGAAUCUAUGCUCACUGCACAAACCACCACAACCACAACUAUGUCCGCGGCUCUAUUACACUUUUCAUCAUCAACCUACAUCGAUCAAGAAAGAAAAUCAAACUGGCUGGGACUCUCAGGGACAAGCUCGUGCACCAGUACCUGCUGCAGCCCUACGGGCAGGAAGGCCUAAAGUCCAGGUCAGUGCAGCUCAACGGCCAGCCCUUGGUGAUGGUGGACGACGGGACCCUUCCAGAACUGAAGCCCCGCCCCCUGCGGGCCGGCCGGACGUUGGUCAUCCCUCCGGUCACCAUGGGCUUUUAUGUGGUCAAGAAUGUCAAUGCUCUGGCCUGCCGUUAUCGAUAAGUCACCCUCUGUUCCUGAGCUCCUGGUGGGCCUGCUGGACCGCUCUCUGCUCCUCCACACAUAUAACGCCCCUAUUCCUCAGACACCUUCUCUAGCAACCAGCUCUACUCCCGGGCUGCUGGGGCAGCAUAGACUCUCCAAAGGAAGACUAAACGCCCUAGUGUGGGCUUAGUCUAGGUGGGUGGCAUCUGUCCCUAAGGAAAAUGUAGACAUUCUCUAUUCCUAUGCAAAGAUAAAGAUGUGUCUGUUUACGCGCAAACAGCUGACAGCAAGCUUCCAGAGCAGUGUUUCCAAACCAGCUGCCCUAGGUCCUGACCACACAGCAAUGUAACUAACUGCAAACCCCAGGCCCUAGCCAAGGCUGCUGUCCUCUGCAGAGGACAAGGAGGUGGGGAGCAGGUAGGGGUGCAAAUCUAAUCCUCUUCUGACUCCUCCUUUGUCUGUUUCCUGCUGCUGCCUCGGUUUCCUGACGCCUCUCUUCCCAUAGGGAGCUAAUGGGUGCGUCAGCGCUGGCCUGCUGGGUGAGCUGUUUAUAUAAUCUCCUGGCUGAUGCAUGAGUGUGCGCAUCUGGGUUUCUGACAGUGGCAUCCAUCACUGGCUAGUCCUCUGGGAGCGGGUGCUUCACAAGUAGAAUUACAGCCAUACUCUAAAGUUUGUAAGGUUCUAUUCCUCUCUGAAUCUAGAUUCCCUCCAGCUCAGAAUGGGAGUCAGGUAACAAUAUUCACUGAGCAGAGAGCAAUGUGUUAGGCCCCACCAGAAGACACCAUCAUUCUUCAUGCUGCCAGGAGGGAGAGAGUUGUAGUACAAAGAAAAAGCACACAGAGACAUCAAACCUGUGUGUGUGCACGGGCGCGCAUGAAGACACACACACACACACACACACACACACACACACACACACGGAUCCAACAAAGCAAUUUAUACCUUGCCCUCAAACUGAAAUAAUUUCAAUGACUCAAAACAGUAAGAAGGCCUUAGUUGUUUGAUUGACCAAAAAUCAUUUAGAAGAAGAAGGUAUGAAUGAAGUCACUGCAGACAAGGUCGAACCUUUCUGCCUCUCCCCAAGUAGCGGAGUCUUAGUACAUUUACUAGGAGAAAGAUUAAAGGUGACCAGUUCCGUCCUACCCUAGGUGGGUGUGAUUAAGCAUGGUGCGAAGUCUUCUGUGGGCUCUGUUAAGGACGAAUGGGGAACUGGUCUGAGAGCAACAGAUAAAUAUUAUGUAGAAGGCUUCUGAGCUGGGCAGGCAGGAGGAGGGACUUAAAGUCCACGACUGGGACCUUUAUUUGGCUACAGAAUAUGGGAGUCUUUGGAAGUAAGCUAUAGUCACACUGACUUCCUAUGGACAUGAUUGACCUCAGGAACAAAAUGACAUGAAUGAUGUUGCCUUCGAGGAGAAAGGGGACCCUUGACACUCCUAGGUGCCAGAUAAGUCCGGGACAUCAUUUUGGUGUGGACAGGCAGGCCUGGGGAAGCAGCAGGGGUGGUGUCUGGGGAAUAAGGGCUUAGUCCGGUUUGCAAAGUGAGAGACAAGGGAAAGGUUAGACAGCAGGGUGCCCAAGACUUUCAGCUUGGAGAGCUGGGAAUUUGGUAGUGGGGAGCCACCCAUCUGAUUCUCCCUGUAAGGAAGACAGUGGGAUCGGACUUUGGGUGCUUAUUUUCAGUACAGGAUGAGCAUUAUGCUAGGACAUGAAAGGGCAGAGGACUGAAGACAGGCUGGACCCGGCCAUGGUAAGCUCGGAAGCAUCUAGAAAGGAUGGUCCAUGGGACUGCCACCCAUCUAGGCUCCCAGGGAGCCUCCCUUCUCAGGCGCCUU